GUAACCCCAACAGAGGAAAAAUCCAUUGUUAACAAUGCAUCUUUACUUGAUAGUAUAACUCAGCCAGCAAUUGACUACCAACAGAAGAAGACAUGUUGUCCUGUGGUACCUGUCGUACGCAACAACUGACAUCUGUUCACGCGCUCGCACGUUAGAUAAUUCGAAUAAAUUUAUAUCACUAUGGGACGGUUAAGAAUCAAUCAGCGGUUUGGGUACGGAACGGCUCAAACUUGGAUACGAAACGACUCAACCUUGGGUACGAAUCGACUACAUUUGGAUACAAAACGACUGGGUACGAAACGACCACGGUUUAUUUCUCAUCGACUGGUGUACAGACUGUUUAAAAUUAGAUGGAAGCGGGGUUUGCCAUCCAAAUAUCGACAAGGAAUGAAGGCGAGAUUGACGGUGAUUUCAUUCACUAUACUGGAGACGAUUUUGACUCCCAUUUUACUUCCCCUCAUUGCCUAUUUUUCCUACAAGGAUCAGACAUGUCUGGAGAGAAAAAUGCUCAGAGAUCUGUACUUGAAUUACUUGAGAACACCGUUCGUAAUUUCUAUAAAGGACCGACUCAGUCAAGUUGUCCACUUAGGGCUACACUUUAGAUUAUGUGUUCUUGCCUCGUCCGUCUCCGUGAGAACCGAGGAAUGGCUAACACUGAUAUUCUACAUAGGCUUCAUGUUGUCUGAAUAUCAACAGUACCGGAGUUCUAAAAGCGCUAAAGAAAAACGAGUUCGAGUUUACCUACGAAAUAUGUGGAAUUACGUUGAUAUGGUAAUCCUGGGUUUGUUCUUUAUGAUGCUUGUUCUUCGAUGCUUUACUUUAAACGAAACAGACCCAUAUCAGAGUCGAUUAUUACAAGUGGUCAACAUCCUAUAUGGCAUCAGUACUCUUCUUCUGACUCUAAGGUUCUCGAGCAUUCUGGAGGUGAACAAAACAGUUGGACCUCUUCAGCUUGCUCUGUUCCGAAUGUGUAUCGACUUACUGAUCAUUUUGACGCAGUUCUCUUUCGUUAUUAUGGCUUUUUCUGCGGCUAUCACGAAGGUAUACGUCGCUGAGAUUUCCUUUCUGACGCCAGCACACCAAAGGGAAUCAAACGAGACGGGUCGGCUUGAAGAACUCAACGAAACCGGUCGAACAGGAGGGUUUUGCACGAAAGGAAAAUCAGCCUGUUUACUCCAGACGUCUAAAUAUCUUAUUUGGUCUGUAUUUGGUCUAACCGAAUUGGACACGAUGGAGACUAACGACGAUGGGUCCGAUUAUGUUGUCGGUAUCCUGUUCGUUUCCUUCUUAAUCAUCUCAGUGGUUAUGCUGGUCAACAUCCUGAUUGCCUUGCUCACAAAUACUUACAACAAGGUCGAGACUAAUGCAGACCUAGAGUGGAAAUUUUUUCGCGCGGUGGUAGCAGAAGAAUAUAGAAGAUAUCAUCCCAUUGUUGUUCCGUUCAAUAUCAUUUCCUUACCAAUGUCUUUCCUCUACACCAAAAAGUAUGGAGACAACCGAGCAAAGAGAGUUAAAGAACGUCAACGAAGGCAUGAAGAGCGCUGCAGAUUGGAGCUCUUUCCUGCACUCACAAGGCGAUACCUGGAUAAACAUGGAGGCUCAUUUCCACUGUCAAAUGAGGAGAAAAUCGACCUAGUAGCUGACAAAUUUGAUCAGCUUGCCAACAAAAUAGACGUACUUGCCAACAAAAUUGAACAACAAGAACAAAAACUUGACAGAUUAUUGGAGGUGAUGGAAAAAUACAUCAAGCUCAACAGACUCCUGUAGAGGUCCUGCAUUCACAAGUUUCCCAACACAACGAUGCUGUCGAUCAUCAAUUAGAUAAGAAUAUACAAAGGCCUUCUGGAGAGGCAUCGGCUGACUUUCAAGAUUAAUUUUAUCCCUAGGGAAUAAUAAAUUGUCAAUGGAAGUAAAAUUCUUUUUCUGACGAAUGAGCUUGUAAGAAGGCCGAAAUAAAUAUUUUGUCAGGACACUGCAGGGCGUAGGUCUUAGCCCGCUGUAUUAUGUGCAGUUAACGAGAGGUAUAUAGGAAGGGGUAUAGCACGCUAUCAUGAGUCAUCAACUCUUCUGAAUCAAAUAUUUCAGAGCUCAUUUUAAUUUCUAUCAUUUUUUUUUUUGGUUAAUUUUUACUUCACUAUCGUCUAGUUUAGACUUUGUGAAGCUUCCGUAGGAUGGGCUAACAGUUUCUAGAGCUAGAACCUUGGCUCCCACCCACAUUUCUUACCUAUUUUUCUGGCCUACGCUCUAAUCGUUCUUCCAUUGUAAGCGGUUGCUUAGCUCCGUUAACCAGACGAUUCCAACGUUUUUGUUUCGUGCGUCAGUGUUCACUCUGACUUAGUCUUUCUAAAUACUCUUGUACUUUGGUUUAUCAACCUCACUGGCUUGGAUAAUUUGUGCACAUCUGUGUGUGGGAGAUUUUGGUCCAAAGAAGUGGACUUCCAAGCCUAACUGGCAGUUGCACUCAGAGUUUGUUUGAUUUGUAAGUUUAUCAGCCUAACUGGCCAGAACGAUUUGUGCAAAUGUUUUAAGAUUUUAGCUAAAGUAGUGGACUUCCAAGCCUAAAUGGCAGUCGGACGGAAAGAUUUUACAGAUUACGGCAAGUUUAGUUCUUACGCUUCCACAUAAAUGGACUGAAAAAUAGCUCUUGUAUUCUUCUUUACACCGACAUGGGACUGCUUUCAUGAAUUUCCAAGGACGAGAACUAGUCUCUGGAUGUGACAUCGUACUGCUGUCAGCUAACAGUCGCUGCACACUCUUAAAUCAACUUAACGUUGUUCAUCAUGACAUUAGCUCUCGCAGAUGUUAUAAGUAAAAUAGUGUUUUGGGUUGGUUGUUGCCAGGCCCUUCCCAAAUUAAAUUAUUUGGCCACAAGCUUUACCGCUUACCUGCUGUUUAAGUUUUAAUCAAUUUUCUGUUUCUUAAUUUCUCCCAAUAUUUUUUUGCUUUUGUUAUGUUUCUGAAAGUGAAACCCCGAUGGUCUUUACGGUAUGGAUCAAUAAUCAAAACUUCUAUAAUCUUA